AUGAACCGUUCAUUCGGUAAUAAUUCGUAUCCACCAAUAAAUUCACGAAUGUCAACAGCACCAGCUACCGAUUGGGAGGAUUUGCGUAAACAAGCACGUCAACUUGAAAAUGAAGUUGAUACGAAAUUAAUGUCAUUUUCAAAACUAUGUUCUAAUUAUGUUGCACGUGAUCAUACAACAAAUCAUCAUGGAAUUGAUUCUCCGACAACAUCAACACCCACAUCAUUCGAAACAAUGUCGAUUGAAAUUGAAAAACUUCUUGAACGUUUAUCCGAUAUUAACAAAUGUAUGAACGAGGCUAUACCAACAUUACUUGGCCCAAAUACAGCUGCAACACAUACAUUACAACGUCAUCAUGAAAUUUGUCAAGAUUAUCGACGUGAAUUCGAACGUACAAAAGCCAACAUAAGAAAUUUUCAAACACGCGAAGAUCUUCUAAUGAACAAUAAUAAUAAUAAUUCUGAUAUAAAUUCGACAGGCCUUAGUAGUCGUCGACAAGAAUAUUAUUCACGUGAAAUGGGACAUCUAAAUAGUUCACAUAAAUUAAUGGAUAGAAAUCUAGAAAUGGCAUCACUAUUGAAAAAAGAUCUAUCUGACCAGCGAAGAUAUUUCAUGAACAUCACUCAUAAAGUGAAAAAUCUAACCAAUCGUUUUCCAUUAAUGAAUAAUAUUCUACAUAAAAUUAAAAUUAAAAAACGUAAAGAUUCACUUGUGCUUGGAUUUGUCAUUGCAUUAUGUCUCAUUAUUUUGCUUCUUUAUUUGUUUCGAUAA